CGUGUUCUUGUCGGUAAUGGAUAUAUUAUUAAAUGUGAAAUCUGUGCUCGGGACCGCUCUUACUUCCAUCUCCAAAUUACUGGCCAAUAAGAGGUCUCAUCUUAUGAAUGGGACGAAAACACUAUCAAAACGAUUAUAAGGAAUGAUUGGUGGACGUCCGAUGGCUAUGUAAUUUAUGUUUAUUUUUUCGUAUUUUGGUUAUCUUGUAAAAUGAAAUGUAAUUGAACCUAAGUCUUAGAAAUUUAAUCUUACUAAUAAGAUAAAGAUAAAGAUAAUUAUAAUUGAUAUAAUUUAAAGAAUGAAGCAAUGACUGGUACUCACACUCAAAACCCUGUUUAUUCAAGGCUUACUCUAGCCUUGCUUGAAGACAGUGGAUGGUAUCGUCCUAACUACAGGUUUUUUUUAUUAUUUUUCAUUUUAUUUAUUUAUAUUGCAUUACUUUUUCUCCAAAUGGCACUCAAAAUUUGUAGUUUGGCUGGUUCCUUUAGAAUGAUUGAAAGCCUUUGCCAAGGAUUGACGGGUCACAAUUUGCAUCAAAUUUCAUUUUAACAGUAAGAUUGAAUUUUUGAAAUAUUAUGGUGGAUCAGUGGAACUUGCUGAUUUUUGCCCCUAUAACCAGGUAUAUUCGUCUUAUAUUGUCCUUCCAUCCUAUAAUUCGCUAGUUCCACAUUCGUUUUUAUAAAUGAGCAUAGUAGGCUUUGCGUAUUUGCAGAAUAUAUUAAGAUUUAUAAGAAUGGAAUUGAUGGACUUUAAGGUAGUAUUUUAGUGAAUUGUAGUAAAGUAGCAUGACGGAGCGUUAAUGGAAAAAAACCGGGAAAAUUUAAGAUUUGAGUAGUUUUUUUGUCAAAUAGGAAUUUGAAUGGAAAAUGUUAAAUUCAAGUGAGCGACGUGAUAGCCGAUGUGAAUUAAAAGGAAAUCUUGCAUCAGAACGAAUACGAACAUUUCUACAGUAUAUGGCUGGAUGUUAUCAAGUAAUGAGAUAUGAGAUCUUUUAUACAAAUAGCUUGAGACCAAAAAACGUACAAAAUAAGAAAGAUUGAGAAUUCGGAAUUUUUUUUGAAGAGAAGCAAUAAUAAUUAAAAUAGAUGAUGGACAAAUGAAAUCGGUUAUCAAAUCUAUUAUACAUUUUCGAAAUACUUAUCGAAAUCGAAAAUUUAUCGAAAAAUCAAAAAAUCACAGAAACAAUUCUGGAACGAACACAAGCAAAAAAUCAACAAUUAUCAAAAUAAUUGCGCGUAUUUGAAUGUUUUGAUUCCAAUUUCUCGAUUAAUGAACUAGAUAACUGGCAGAUAAUACUUAAAAGAAUUUCUUCAGGCUUUUGAUGUAACGUUUUAGCUUCCUUCUCCACGAACGCUUUUAAAUUAGCAACAGAUUCCUGCAUAUUUCCCAAUUUUCCAUCAAACCAUGACUGUUGUGCACGAAUAGUUUUUACCUUAAAGAAGCACUACGCUUCUAAAUAUUGGUUUUCUUAUCAACAACUGCACUGAACAUCUGCUUGCCAAUGCGUCUGAGACGAUCCGAAACGGUAGAAUCAACCGGGUCGACUUCAGUAUUUAAUUUUCAAAAUAAUUUCCAAAAUGGCUAGGUAAAAUGGACUACGAUAAUUAAAAAUUUUUAAAUUCAAAAAAUAUGUUUUUAAAACUCCGUGAACUCAAAAAUACCAAUAAACUAAAGCCUUACUUUCAGUUCAGAGGCUUUAUAAAUAAAUAAGUUCAAUAAAAAUUUUUCCCAUGGAGCAAAAGAAUGAACCUGUAUAGAAGCACAAAUGUUUUGCGUGCCAAUUUU